GCUUUUCAUUUUUGGACGAGGGAUUGACGUGGCGACGCCAUUGAAUGCUUACAAUUCCACGUAGGAAGAUAUUGUAAAAUCUUAUAACAUCGCAUUUUCUAUCUGAAGGUCUUACCUUAAAAUUGGUUAGAUAUGUGGCAUAAUGUUUUAACAACCCUUUUCCUUCUUUUAACGUUUAUUUUGACAACAUUAGCGGACGAACAUGACCAUAAAUACAAGGACAGUGAGGAGGUUGUAUUGUGGAUGAAUACAGUUGGUCCAUACCACAACAGGCAGGAGACCUAUGGUUACUUUUCACUACCAUUCUGUAGAGGGCCUAAGGAUACCAUCAGUCAUUACCAUGAAACACUUGGUGAAAACUUGCAAGGAGUGGAGCUUGAGUUCAGUGGCCUUGAUAUUGAUUAUAAAGUUGAUUUUCCUCAAACCAAGUACUGCGAGGUUAAAAUCACUGAAGAUAAAUUAAAGGCGUUCAUCUAUGCAGUUAAGAAUCACUAUUGGUAUCAAAUGUACAUUGAUGACCUACCAAUAUGGGGCAUUGUGGGAGAGAUUGAUGAAGGCGGUCAGGAUUUCUACAUAUGGACGCACAAGAAAUUUGACAUUGGUUACAAUAAUGAUCAGAUUGUAGAUGUGAACCUUACCAGUGAAGUCAAGGUGAAACUCGAAGCUAAUGUAGAGAUCCCAUUUACAUAUCAAGUGCAGUGGAAGAAAUCUAAUGUACUCUAUAACAAACGCUUUGAUAAAUAUCUUGACCCCAACUUCUUUCAGCACCGGAUCCAUUGGUUCUCAAUUUUCAACUCGUUUAUGAUGGUUAUCUUUCUGGUUGGUCUUGUUUCCAUGAUUUUAAUGAGAACGUUACGCAAAGAUUAUGCACGUUACAGCAAGGAUGAUGAUCUAGAUGACAUGGAAAGGGAUUUAGGUGAUGAGUAUGGCUGGAAACAAGUUCAUGGUGAUGUGUUCCGGCCGGCCUCCUAUCCGAUGUUUUUCUCAGCACUAAUUGGCAGUGGAUACCAUAUCUCUGCUGUUGUUUUCACCGUUAUUAUGUUUGCAAUUACUGGACAUCUUUAUGAAGAACGAGGGUCUCUACUUGGGACGUCUAUAUUUGUGUAUGCAGCUACAUCACCAGUAAAUGGUUACUUUGGCGGUAGUCUGUACUCUAGAAUGGCAGGUAAAGUGUGGAUCAAGCAGAUGGUGAUGUCAGCAUUCUUACUGCCGUUGCUUGUGUGUGGCAAUGCUUUUUUCAUCAAUUUCAUAGCUAUUUAUUACCAUGCAUCAAGGGCAAUUCCAUUUGGUACAAUGAUUGCUGUAGCCUGUAUCUGCCUGUUUGUGAUCUUGCCUCUUACGCUGGUGGGGACCAUAGUUGGUCGUGCCAUUGCAGGACAGCCGAACCAUCCAUGCCGUGUGAAUGCAGUGCCAAGGCCCAUUCCUGAGAAGAAGUGGUUCAUGGAACCAUUUGUCAUCGUCAUGUUAGGUGGUGUUCUGCCUUUCGGAUCAAUAUUUAUUGAAAUGUAUUUCAUCUUCACAUCCUUCUGGGCCUACAAGAUAUAUUACGUGUUUGGUUUCAUGCUACUUGUGUUCAUCAUCUUGAUUGUGGUCACUGUCUGUGUUACCAUUGUUUGCACUUAUUUCCUCCUCAAUGCUGAGGACUAUAGAUGGCAGUGGACAAGCUUUUUGGCAGCCGGCUCUACAGCACUCUACGUAUAUAUUUAUUCCUUCUACUAUUUUUUCUUCAAAACAAAGAUGUAUGGCUUAUUUCAAACAAUGUUCUACUUUGGCUACAUGGCCAUAUUCAGUAUAGGACUGGGAAUCAUGUGUGGCACAUUUGGAUACGUCGGAACAAAUACUUUUGUAAGGAAAAUCUACUCAACUGUGAAGAUCGAUUGAGCCUGAAUUAUCAAGCAAGUAACAAAAUGAUGAUGUUUAGAUUCUUGGACUGGUGACAGCACGUACAGAGGGUUCCCGAACUGGAAUGGGUUUGCAGCUGACAGCCUCACAAGAUCUGUGCUUUUCGUAUCUUCUUUAGCUUAUUAUAUCCAAAAUAGUUGCUGAUAGUAGCAAAUGUAUGAAUUUAAACCAAUUAACCAUUGUUUUUCAUUUUAUAUUUCUUUUUUUUUUUUUAAUCAGUUAUAAAUAUUGCUUCAUUUAAUUGGAUAUGAGUACAGUACUGGCAGGACAUCAGUGAAUUAGACUGGAUGUUAGUAACUGUAAAAAAAAAUGAUUAGGACAGAGAAAAAUGGAGCAGGAUAUUUUAUUACUCGCACCACGAACAGACAGAGUAAAAAUAGUUUGUGUUAAUUUGUGAAACAAAUAAACGUGCAACAGUACGCUCUGUCGUUGUUACAGUGUAUUGUACAGUAUUAUGGAUGCAAAUGUCCUUUACAACAUCUAUGCGCAAUGAAAAAUGAAAUUUAUGAUUUCACAAAGUAACACAAAAAUUGUGUUAGUUCGUAGUUUGAGUGACGUUUUUGUGAAUAGAGAGAGUAAAAAAACCUGUUAAACUGAAGUAAUCUAUUCAUAGUUAAAACAUGAUUGAUUCUGUGGGAGACUGAACAGUUUACCUGUUUGUACAUAAGAAAUGCUAGCUAUAAAUAUUAAUGUCUCUGUAAAAAUUGUGUAAAAUCUUUUUGUCAUAUUUACGUGGUAUUGUGUGGUUUGCUUGCAUGGCAAUACUUAGGCUAGCAAGUUUAUAACUAUAUUUUAAUUGAUGAUUUCCUCGCCACAGUAAUUUGGAUAGCUGAUUUUGCUGUAUAUGAGUGUAAAUCGGAUUAAGAACAUGGGUUGUGUAUGAUAAUUAGCAGCAUAUUGAAAAACAGAAAUUUCCAGAUAAUCUGGUAUUAAUAAUUAUUUAUGAUGCACUCUACCUUGGUUUUCAUACUUUUCUAACUUAUGGUAAACCCUACCUAUGAUGGAGGUAUGCAUCUCAGUACAGGCAUCAUAUAUUUUUUUUUUUAUUACAGUAUUAGCAUUCAGAAAUGCUUUUAAAUGAAUAGACAACAUAUUUAUCAAUGUUAGUACUAUCAUGGUGCUUGAUAAAGUACCAGGAUAGUAUAUGCAUUGAAUAUUUCUAAGCUUUUUAAUCAGACAACUGCAUUAAUGUUAUAUGUUUAAAGAGGGUAAUCCAUAUACCCUGAAUAAUUGUUGAUGUUAUUGGUUCUGUUAUGCAUUAUAGAAGGUAGACCCGAAGAAAAAAAAAAAAAUUCUACUUAUAUAGUAAAGUUGUAAUAAAUGAGAGUGAAAGCAAAGCAACAUGGAUUGUAACUAUUUACAGGGUUCUCGCCAUGCUAGUCGGCCCCGAAAAAUAAAAAUUGUUGGUAUCAAGUACAAAAUUUAUUUUUAUUCGCUAACAAUUGAACUUGAUUAUACUUGUACUGACAAGAAGCCUUAUUCAGUGUCAGUGUGGCCAAUGUCCGACGUGUUUGGUGUGAAGUUUUCUGGCCUGACUAGUCUGUGCGCACUUCCCUACUUCGCCUGAUUGGCGCCCAUCACCUGUGACCUGGCUGGUAAUGAGUAAUGAGUCUAUCUAUAAUUAAUAUAUAUAAGCUUCACUUUAAAGUAUAUCAAUCAAAAUGAAGAAAAUGAUUGCAUAAUGAAAACAUAAUGUGGUAUUCCAGUCCACUGCCAUUUAUUGUACCAUGCAAAUUAAUGGCAUUGAAAGAUACCAUACAUUUACACUGACAUUACAUGGUACCGAUACUAAGUGUGUCCAUUGUAUUGCAAGAUAACGCGCUAAUACAAUGUUAUAAUUCACAGCAUUCCAUGGUACCAUGUCUACUCCACUGCAUUAUAUGAUACCAUGGUACACCACUGAAUUAUGUGGUACCAUGCAACUUCACUGCAUGAUCAUGCUAGAUCACUGAAUUGCGUGGGACCAAGCUAAUUCACUGCAUUUGCAUAAUACCAUGCAAGAUCACUGAAUUUUAUGGUACAUUGUUAAUUCACUAAAUUGCAUGGCUCAUGGUACCAUGACCGUACAUUACAUAGCACCGUGCUAAUCUACUGUAAUAUCAUGGUACCUUGCUAAUAAUCUGCUGCAAUCGUAUUGGUACCAUAUUAGUUCACUGUUUUGCAUGGUACAGUAUCUUGCAAAUCCAUUGCAUAUUAUUUACUGCAUUGCACAGUGAAUUAUUGCAUCAAGUUGAUUUACCUGCAUUUUGUUAUCUGCUACCUGCAUUAUUUGCUACCAUAGAAGUGACAUGUAAUCAUAAUUGUGUGCUUAUUUGAUCAUUUAUUAUUUAAUAUGACGAAUAAUAAUCAUACUGAAGACAUAAAACAUGAAGUUUAAUGCUUUUUCUCUGUUAAAUUUGUUUCAGUUUUCAGUAUAUUGUAAAAAAAAUUGUCUUAGUUUAAUAGACCAUUAAUAUGAUUGACAUUGUUCUAAAAACCUUAGACUAGAAAAUGGAUACCCAUUUUUUUUACCUAUAUAUUUGUCUCCCUUUAUAUACAAAUAUUUAAAGGCUUAUUUUCUAUAUACAUUUAUAGUGUAUAUAAUAAUUCAUAUUCUUUACAGUUGGGUAAUAUCCUUUCUUUGAUAUUUGGUGCAAUAUUGCUAUGUAAUUACCACAAGUAAAUGAUCAAAUGAGUUCCAAUUGUUUAAAUUGCAAAAUAGAUGAUCCAGCAAAAACGUGGGGAUGUCUUGUAACACUCUGUUCAUAUACGUGGUCACAUGCAAUUAGAUAACAUUUAUUUUAACUGAUUAUUUUUUUAUAAUUAUUAUAAAUUCUCUAAAAGCAGUCAUUGGAUUUUUCUAAUUUUUUUUUUUCAAUUUCUGUUUUUUUCUUGGUAUAUCAGGCCUGAUGUUACUGUCAAUAUUGACAAGAGGCGGCCACAAUAUUUGAUUAAUUUAAAAUUCAUGAAAUAUUCGCGACUAGGGCUGAAACAUGGCGUAAGCCACUUCACAGCCUCUCAACAGUGCAAGCUGGGGUAACUCAUGGCCAGCCGAGGAUUGUCAGCUUGAACCCUCGGCAACAAGGUUCACAACCUGAAAGGAAUUUGCUGAGCCAAACCGUGUUUAAAAAGCUAUAUAAAUAAUAAUAAUUACUACAGUUGAGGAUGUUUUUUAUAUUUUGCCUAUUUCAUUUGCAAAAUAUAUAUUAUUUAAGCGCAUAGAGGUAUAUUACAUUAUGCGCUAUAUAAAUUGACAAUUAUUAUAAACAUUGUUUGAUAAUGUAGUUGUUUUCCAGGUCAUUAUCAAUAAUGGAGGUUAUCCGUUAUUUUCAUCGGAGUAUUGUUUUUGUGAUCUCUCUCCCCCUGAUAGACUACACAAUCAAAUUAAUUUAUCAUAUUCAUUAAACAGAAAGUACAUAUGCCUAUUCUGUAAACUUUGUCCAACCCUCCUAAAGAAUAUGUUUUAUACUCUUGCGAACAUGAUGGAAAUAAUAGAUGAUUUCUAAAUGAUCAGUCUUAACAAUUUGUUUAAUUAAUUAUUUUGUUUGAAACUUAAUAUGUAAUGGUCUCUUUGUACUUGGAAAUUUGGUUGCUGGUUGUCUGCUGUUUUCUUUUUGUUUUGUUUUGAUAAAGCACAAUUUUGUUGUAUUAUAGAUAAGAAUGAAAUUAUCAUAUUUUAUUAGAAUCAUAAUAAUAGAUAUUCUUUGAUAAAAUAAUUUGAGAAUAUCAAUACUUAAGGGUUUGAGCAUUCGUUUUCGCUGUUAUAAUUCCACAAGUUUUUUUCUCAGUAGAUUUAUUGAUUAAAACAAACCACGUCAUAAGUGAA